AUGAAUUUUGCCCCUGGGGAAUCGAGCGCCGUUGUGGAGCAUACGCAGGCGAUGGAUUAUGCUGUAAAAUCUUUUAUGGAGACAAAAUUUGCCUCCAAUAUUUGCCUUGGUGAGCUGGACAUCGAAGGCCUUCACCAGUUGUGCCGUGAUCCUGAUGCAUCAGGGGACCAUCCCGAAGAUAGCUCCUCUGAGGCUGGGACCUCCUCCAAUCCCUCCGAAACAAUUUCUUUCUUGGCCCUGCGUAGCCAUUUUGCUUAA